AUGAACGGUAGCAACUCUAACAGUAUCAUAAUCAGGAAGUGCAUCGACGGAAGCAUCUGGCAAUGGCUUCCCUGUAUCGAGCGGUUCUAUCGCCUCUCUGACGACAAAUUAUAUUGCACCACACAAUGCAUGAUGAACAUGAUUGAACAGAAGAAGAAAAGGAACAAACUUAAGACUAUGCAUGAUGUCAGGACCCCAGCAACUGCUGAGGAAUCUGGGUUGACAAAUGCUGCAUUAUACAAGCAGCGUCGCAUGCCAGUGCCCAGUUAUCUCAAUCUGCCUCUAUUCCGACAUCUCCAUAGUGAAACGAGUGCAGCGAACGAUGCUGUUGAAGAUGAUCCUAUCCUCCUGGUACCAAUUCAACUCGCUGCAGCAACAGCAAUUGAUGAAGCCUUCGUAAUUGUCUCAAAUGAAAUUCGACUCAAGCUUUCAAAGCUCUUAUCAAUGGCUGCUGAUGAUAUUGAUCCGGGCAAAUCAAUCAGCUCCAAUGGAGUUGACUCUUUGGUCGCUACAGAAUUCAGAACAUGGCUCGCGAAGACGUUGAAGGCUGAUUUGCCUAUGAUCGAUAUCAUGGGAACCAGCGGCAUUCUUACCUUUAGUGAAAAGGUUGUUGGCCUCAGCAAGUUAGUUCAGAUUGCAUCUAGUAGCUAG